AUGCCAAUCCCUAUAUCUUACACUGCAGUCUCAGGCACAACUGUACGCACCACAGGCAAUCCGGUGCGAGUGCAGCCAGGGGAAGAAGCGCUUGCACAUCACAUGACACCAACAAGGCUGGUCCUGAAAGAUGACAAAGGAGAGCCACACAGUGUCCCCCUGAAAUCCCUAUCUCUUACAUUGGAUACCAACUUCCUACAUUGCAAUCACACUGUGUAUUUGUCUGGAACUUUUGGUCAGAAUCCAGUGUCCCGCAAAGUGUUCAUCAAACACAGCGCUCUCACUCAAAGUGAGAUCUGCAGCACUGUACCGGACGCCAAAGAGCUUGCUGGUAGAGCAACCAUCAGUGGCAUUGGCAAGGUGGUCAAUGUAUCUCUGUCCCUUGUUGACAACCCAACCAAUGAGGAGGAACAAUGGCAUUUGACUGUAGAUGCCAAACAUAAAAUCUUGGAUCCAAAAGUUAAAAACCACUGUCUCUCUGUCUCAUUUUCUAUCUCUCCUGUCUUCAUGAUUUGA